AUGACUGAUCGUGUUAAGAAGACUAGAAAGUUGCGUGGUCAUGUGUCGCACGGAUAUGGGCGUGUGGGGAAGCAUAGAAAGCAUUCUGGAGGCCGAGGGCUGGCAGGAGGAUUCAGCCAUAUGAAGACCUUUUUCACAAGAUUCCACCCUGACUACCAUGGAAAGAGGGGGAUGCGGGUCUACCACAGGAAGGAGAACUCGGACUAUGCACGGCCGAUCAGCUCUGCAAGGCUGUGGGGGAUGAUUCCAAAAGAGCAGAGGUACGACUUCCUGGACAACCCUGAGAAGGUGCCUGUGAUUGAUGUCCGGGAGUUUGGGUAUCAUGUUGUGGUUGGAGGAAAGCUGUCUCUGGAGAGGCCGAUUGUCGUCAAGGCCAGGUACUUCACACCGUCAGCAAAGGAAGAGAUCACAAAGGUUGGAGGGAAGUGGAUAAUUACUUAUUAA